UGCAUCGAGCGCCGCGAGAUAAACAACAACCUGACACCGACUUUUCGUCAGUCUCCAGCCGCGUUUCGAGUGACAUACACGGAGAUUCUCUGAUCUCUUGUAAAGUGCGGUGUUUAAUCUAUCUUAUCAGCCUCUUGCUUCACGCCAGAAUCACUCUAAGGUCUGCCGAGAUGAGUGCCACAUUCGUUCCAGUCCCAGAAGACUCUGACUUCACCUACGAGAACCUUCCUUAUGGAGUGUUUUCCCGCCCCGGCCAGAACAACACUCAAAUCGGUGUGGCCAUUGGAGAGGAAGUUCUGGAUUUGUCGACAGUGGCUCAUCUCUAUGACGUCUCCUACCAAAAUGCUCUCCGAGCCGCGAAUCUCAAUGCCCUCAUGUCUCUGGGCUAUGACGCAUGGGCAGCAGUGAGAGCGCGAACCGUUCAGCUUCUGGCGCGCAACUCGGAGCUGGACAGGGAUGAAUCCCUCAAGAAAAGGACGUUCGUGUCUCUAGCGAGCGUGAAGAUGCACCUACCAGCGACCAUUGGGGACUACACGGACUUCUACUCCUCAAUCCAUCACGCCACCAAUGUGGGAGUGAUGUUCCGCGGCCGGGAGAAUGCCCUCAUGCCCAACUGGAAGCACCUUCCGGUCGGUUACCACGGCAGAGCGAGCUCCGUUGUGGUCUCAGGCACCCCAAUUCGCCGUCCUCUGGGCCAAACGCUGCCCGUGGAGGGCGCAGAUCCGGUGUUUGGGCCAUGUCGUCUGCUGGACUUCGAACUGGAGAUGGCUUUCUUCAUCGGCGGCCCAGAAACGCAACUCGGAGAGCGCGUGGACGUCAAUGAGAGCAAGAAGAGGAUCUUCGGGUUCGUCCUGAUGAAUGACUGGAGCGCCAGGGAUAUUCAAAAGUGGGAAUAUGUGCCUCUUGGUCCUUUCACUGCGAAGAAUCUGGGCACUACAAUCUCUCCCUGGGUCGUCACUGUGGCUGCUCUCGAGCCCUUCGUCGUGGACAACUUCCCUCAGGAUCCCAAGCCUUUCCCAUACUUGCAGCACAAGGAGAAUUUCAAUUUCGACAUCAAGCUGGAGGUGGAUAUUAAGCCGAAAGGCGCCCUUCGGGGCUCCACUGUUUGCCGCUCGAACUAUCGUCAUCUCUACUGGACGGCGCUGCAGCAAGUGGCUCAUCACACGGUCACGGGGUGCAAUCUCCGUCCCGGGGAUUUGAUGGCUUCCGGCACAAUCAGUGGUGACACUUCAGAUUCCUUUGGCUCGUUGCUGGAGCUGUGCUGGAAGGGCACCAAAACCGUUCCACUGUCCGGCGGUGAGACCAGGAAGUUUCUCCAGGACGGCGAUGAAGUGGUCAUCAGGGGCUAUUGCGAAGGUGAGGGCAAGAGAAUUGGAUUUGGAUCGUGUUCAGGAGUUGUUCUGCCCGCAACUCCCUAAGAAUUGUUCACAAAGAUUGCAAAUAAAAUUGUUUUUCAAAUCUCUCAACAA